UCGAGCCAGCGCUGCAGCAGCAGCAGCGACAACCAUGCGGGUGGGCGGUGAUAGCAACAACAGCAGCGGCAGUAGCACCAGCAGCGCGGCCGCAGCAUCUGCGCGAACCACCGCCGAGUUGCCUAACACCGGCAGUAGCAGCCUGACGCCGUCCGCCGGCUCAGCAGGGCGCAUGCGCGGCGGGUCCGAGCACACGCCACAAGGGCGCAGCGGUGGCGGCGGCGCGGCGGGCAGUGGCGGCCGCCACAAGCAGCAGAAGCAGCAUGCUACCGCCGCCGCCGCCGCGUGCGUGCUGGCGGUGCUGUGCGCCCUGUCUGGCACCGGCCUGGCAGCCCGCUCCUCUUCUGAAGUGUCGGCUGGCGGCUCUGGCGAUGCCGGCCAGUCGAAUGCGGGCAGCAGGCGGGCGCAAACCCAACCUCCACACCUCCAAACCCCCAACUCCCAACAGCCUCAGCAGCCGCCCCGCCUGGGCGGCGGGGCCUCGCGCGCGCCGCCCCGGCUGCUGAUCCAGGGCGGCGCCAAGGCCGCCGCAGGCGCCUACCCCUUCGUGGCGGUGGUCAGCAGGUUGGACGGAAGCUACCUGUGCGCCGGGUCGCUGGUGCACCCCAGGCUGGUCCUGACCGCAGCGCACUGCGUGACGCCUGCAGUGGGCGGCACCGCCAACCCGCGCGUGCACCUGGGGCUAGACCGACUGGAGCCGGGCGCAACCAUCGAGAAUCGCGGCGCGAGGCUGAUGGCGGCUGGGGCGGCGGCGCUGGCGGCGUUGGUGGGUCUGGGCAGCACCGGCGGCGUGGCGGGCGGCCCCGCGCUUGCCACACGCAGCCUGCCGCACCCACGCUACAACCCAGGCAACUUCGAUUUUGACGCGGCGCUGCUGGUGCUGGAGCGAGACGCGCCGGCGGGGGCGAGGGUGGUCAGGCUGCCUGACCCGGCCGGCGACCUGCCCCAGUCGGCGGCCGGCGGCGGCGACCCCGGGCUGACGGUGCUGGGGUGGGGCAGCACCGAGAUGGGCGUGCUGAGCCAGGACCUGCGCAGCGCGGACGUGCGGCCGCUGCCGGUGGCCACGUGCGGGCUGCUGUUCGGGCCGUACGGCACGGUCAUGACGCCGCGCAUGAUGUGCAUGACGGGCCGCACCUGCGCCGGCGACUCGGGCGGGCCGCUGGUGCUGCGCGGCAGCGGCGGCGGCAGGGGCAGGGGCGGCAACAUGGAUGAUGACUUUACCCUCUUGGGCCACGUGUCGUUUGGCUUCCCCCGCUCCAAGGGCCAGGGCUGCCCCGCGCCCAACCCCGCCACCGUGUUUGCGAACCUGCGAGACCCCGGCAUCAGCGACUGGGUUCGCAAUGUCAUGGCGCAGCUGCAGCAGCAGAGCGCAGGCGGCGUCGGAGGAGGAGGCAGCAGCAGCGGCUUUGACGGGCUGGGCGCGGGGCUGGAAGCUAUGCUGCAGGCGGCGGCAGAUGCGCAAGAACAGCAGGCAGCAGCGGCGGCGGCGGCUGGUGGCGGUGCGGAUGGAGGCGGAGGCGGCGCGGGAGCAAGGCAGCAGGCUCAACAAGGACACCACCGUUAGCUAUACAGAGGCCCGUCUAAGAAGGCGACACCCGUGAUCUAUGGCAGCCUGGUAUUUCUCUGCAGCAGUCGGGAUGUUGCAAGCGCGGAUGUGACACGUUUUCGGGAUGUCAUGCUAGGUCCGUAGCUAGUGAUUUGGGUCCCCGGUAUUGAAUGUUGUUUCAGUAUGUCUGCUCUUGCGUCGAGGAUUCAUGGCGUAAGGCCGGGGCAGGCAUGGGGACGAGGGGAACGACGAGGGGUGGUGGGGGCUGGUGGGGAUCGCGAAGCUGCGUGAAGAGGGGGCGCAGCACGCGUGCCAUGUUCGGGCGAUGCAUUUUCACAGAAAGAACUCAAGAGCAG